CAUGUCUCUGCAGACAGGCUGCAGUUUGACACCUCCGCUUCCCCAGAAGGACGCACUCACAGCGGCUAGUGAAGACCUCAGCACCCGCAGGAGAACCGAGGAGAACCGAAGACAUGGCGACCGGAGACAACACGGCAACCUUUGAGUCAUGGCUCAACCAGGCCACAGACCCCAACAAUGAGCAGGACAGAUGGGACUGCAUCCAGAGCUUCUACCGGCUCGUAGACCAAGAAACGGAUGGACCACAGGUAGCCAUUCGCCUUCUUGCCCAUAAAAUCCAGUCGCCACAGGAGAAGGAGUCUCUGCAGGCUCUCACUGUCCUCGAGGCGUGUAUGAACAACUGCGGGAAAAGGUUUCACAGCGAGGCCGCCAAGUUUCGCUUUCUGAACGAGCUCAUCAAACUGUUGACUCCAAAGUACUUUGGAGCGUGGACUCCUCAGAAAGUGAAGGACAGAGUGACGGAGAUCCUGUACGGCUGGACUCUGUGGCUCAAAGAAGAACCAAAGAUCCUCGAGGCCUACGGCAUGCUCAAGAAACAAGGUAUUGUAAAGAAAGACCCCAAACUGCCGGACACAUUAAUAAUGGCGCCUCCGACACAGAGAAAUAAAGAGUCCGUUUUUGACCAGGAGGACAAAGCCACGUUAUUAGCCAGACUGUUGAAAAGUGCUCGUCCUGAAGACCUGGAGACGGCCAACCGACUCAUUAAGAGCACCAUCCAGGAGGAGCAGGAGAAAGCAGAGAAAGUGACAAAGCGAGAGUCCGCUCUGCAGGAUGUGGAGAGCAGCACCAAACAGCUCCGAGAACUCCUGCAGCAGAACACCAUCACCGGAGCAACGCUACAGCCCAGCGACGACAUGAAGGCCCUGUAUGAGCGCUGCGACCGGCUGAGGCCCAGCUUGUUCCGCCUGGCCAGCGAAACGAUGGACGAGGACGUGGCUCUGGUGCAGAUCCUGGCGGCUAACGACGAGCUAACACUUGUGGUAAACGAUUACAAAACCAAAGUGGGAAAGAGAGAGUGUAACGGCGGAAGAGAAAGAAGCAGAAGUGAGGACGAAAUGGAGCGGAAUAAUAAUGCUCCAAAGAGUCCCAGAGAGAUUAAAAGCUACCACCUUAUCGACCUGUCAGCACUGGACUCUCCACAGACGCACAGAAAGGCUGAUUCACUGCCAUCUUUUGAAUCAUCUUCUCCCAUGUUUCCCUCUUUCCUGGAAAGUAGCUUUAACUCAGACGCUGACCAGGACUUCAAUGAACCAGAGUUACAAAAUAAUCACGUCUCAAAACAAGAGACUUCACGGUCGUACUCUGAAGAUCUGCUGCAGCUAAAUGGAGAGUUUCAGAUUAACCACGCUGAGCAGAACGGAGGCAGAGGCGUCGUUCUGAGAGCCCGUGGAUGUGGGGGCAGCAGCGCGACAUCGAAUGGGACGAAUAUCUGGUCACUCCCUCACCAUCAACAGUUCACAGAGUCAGGAUCACUGUCCGAGAAUCAGAAACAACUCAGUGAAAUGUCGGGAUCUCCAGAAAAAAAGGAGAGCUUGUUGACACCGCGACUAUUAAAAAACAUCUUUGUUCCCGUUCACACCAUCAAACCCAGUAAUCUUGAGCCGAUCACUGUGUAUGAUCAUGGCGGCGUCCACGUGUCUCUACAUUUUGCCAGAGUCUCUCCGCUGGGUUAUCCUGGUGUUGCUGUGGUCGUCUCCUCCACCGUGAACACAUCUGCCCUCCAAGUUAAAGACUUCCUGUUUCAAGCUGCUGUUCCAAAGACGAUGUUAGUGAAACUUCAGCCGGCCUCUGGGACUCACCUCCCUCCGUACAACCCUCUGCUGCCUCCACCUGCCGUUUCUCAGGUCCUCCUGCUGGAUAACCCUCAGAAGCGAAAGUUGCGUCUACGCUACAAACUGACAAUGACACAUGGAGACCAACAUCUGAAUGAGACCGGGGAGAUCGACAACUUUCCUGACUGGACCUCUUUGAUCAGACACUGAAAACACUUUGGAUACUCGGAUAAAAAAAAGAAAAAGAUCAAGAUCUGAAGAGUAAAGUGAAAAAAAAAUGGACAAAAGUGUGGGAAACUUGUGACAACGCCUAGUGAAGUAACCAAAGAAACAAACUGAAAAUAUAUCUGUAUUUUCAGGAUUAUAAGAUAGUGUUUUCUGAUACAAUAAAGCCAAAAUCAUCUUGGAAGGAUAGAAAUGACUCUAAGAGCAACUCUUUUUAAAAGAUACAAAUGUUAAAAGUUCAGGAGAUUACUUUCAGUAUUUUGCUAUUCCUGCAUUAAAGUGCAGUUUGAUAAUAAGGUGUGUAUUGAACCAAUACCACUGACAUGCAGCUGGUUAAAUGUCUGCACGUACAUUAUGUUCAAAGCCUUCUCUCAAGUGCCUUAAGAUGGAAGUUGUGUUUUUAAUAUGUAUUUAUUAAGAGUAAGGUUGUCUUAAGGAAUACAUGUGUGAGAAAAUGUUUUAUAUUUGCAGGUAUUGUAGUGCCUUUUCUUUUGCUUCAGGUUCUUCAAGUGUUAAGAAACAUAAUGGUACCAUUGCACUGACAUCAUGUUGUGUUUUGAGCCCAGAGGAACAUUCGUUGAAUCUGAAUCACCCAUCACUGUCAGAAGUUAAAAACAGGCUGCACUUAAAGUUUGUCAGAAUAUUUCUGAACGACUUAAAGGUCACCUAUUAUGCGUAAUCCACUUUUUCCAUGUCUCUUCUACUUCAACAUGUGUCCCCUCUGUGGAAAGAGAUUCUGAAAGUUUCAGGAAAAAAGAUUGCCUCUUUUUGUCCUGAUCCAUUUCUAUAAAAACCUGUCUGAAAAUGAGCUGAACAGAUUUUGGCCACUUUGUGAUGUCAUAACGAUGUUUUGGCUUGUGUAACCAUUAGCCAAUCAGCAACCAAGGUAACCCCCCACACAGCUUAUCAGCUGAAUCUCAUCCGAGAGCACCAUUGUGUUUUUUAAACCAAUCAUGUAUCAGAGGGGCGUGGCCAGCAGCAGCUCAUUAGCAUUUAAAGCUACAGACACAGAAUCAGCACUUUUGAAACAGGGCUGAAACAGAGGGGAUUAUGGGAUGCUGCAAUGAUCUGUUUGGUAUUUCGAGCCAAACACUUCAGAGACAUGUUCUGUAUAAAUCUGAGACCUGUAAAAUAUUGUUGACAAAUAGUAUAAUAGGGGACCUUUAAAGCCAAAGUGAAUAUGUAUGUUCUUGUGUGCCUUAUGUCUGUCAGUGCUACAGUGUUUACCCUGCCAUAUGUCAUAAAUACAAAUUAUGUCUGUAAGCAAAACAAA